AUGAGGUCUGAUACAUAUACUGGUAGUAGAGGAAGAACUUCAUUUGUGUUAAUUGGGUAUGAAAGGAGCGACAGUACCUACAAAACAAAUAGGUACAGGUUCACAUUGCUUGACAUUGUGGGGGUGACACCAACCGGGAUGACUUUCUCUACUGGGUUUGCAUAUCUGGAGGGUGAGCGCGUGGACAAUCUUGUAUGGGCAUUGGAACGGUUUCACAUAGACAAGAAUGUGAAGGCAAAGUGUAAAUCACUAAUUGGUCAGAAGAAUACCUUGGACUAUGUAAUGGAUAGCUGGGGUAACCUGGUAGAUUGUCCUUUGGAACAGGAGUUCCUUGAGCACCUUCAAAGGGUUGAAUCUGUUCAUUGGUCUUUGAAAAGGAUAUUACAGAAUAGCGUUGCAGACCUCUAUAGUGUUUGGGAUGCAAUGAACAACAUGAUGACGCUGCAGCACACUGAAAUUAGAGCAUCAUUCGAAAUAAGUACGCAUGUCGUUGGUCAUGUUUUUAAGAAAACCUUAUACAAGAGGCUUCUGGGAAUGGUGUCAAGAACCACGCUAGGUCUUCCUUGUGCAUGCGAGCUACAAAGGUAUGAUGGUGGCAGCAUCCCACUGGAUGCAGUCCAUAUGUACUGGAGCAGACUUAAUUUUUCAGACCAGGGGCUAUGUGAGGCCAAAGUGAGCAUCAAGGAAGAGAUUGAUAGAAUACAUAAAAGAUUCGAGGAACUUGAUGUUUGCGGGAAAGUUACUUUCAAGAGUAAACUCCGAGAAUUCGCAUUUCUCGAUGAGACCUCUAUGUGCCCUCCUCCAACAAAGGUUAAGACGAAAGGUGCCCCAAAAAAGGUAAUGAAAAGAAGCGAAAGAUCGACAAAGCGUGAUCCAUCUUAUUGGGAGUAUGUUGAUGCUUAUCAUUCGGUUCAAAACAGCAACACCUCAGUCAGACCCAAUGCAUCAUCUUUUGAACCACCGAAGCCAGCAAGGAUGAUCCCCAUGUUGGAUCAAUUUCCGCCAUUUAUGCAUGGUUUCAUUGAGGAUGUUGUUGAUGUGAAAACAGAUGGUAGUUGUGGAUAUCGGUCAGUUUUCGCUUUGUUACGUAUGGGAGAAGAGUGUUGGGCCAUGAUGCGUAACAAAUUGAUUAAAGAAAUUGGCAAAUGGUCGCAAGACUACAUAAAGAUCUUAGGUGGCACGGAGAGAUAUGAACAGCUGAGGUUGUCCCUACACGUGGAUGGGUUAUCCAAGGUUAGUAUGGACAAAUGGAUGGAUAUAAUGGAUAUGGGAUAUGUAAUUGCGUCAAGAUAUAAUGUAAUCCUUGUAUCGUUGUCACGACAACAGAGCUUCACAUUUUUUCCUCUCAGAAGUCGACCACCAGCCGAUUCUGCUGCGCACCGCAUAAUAUACGUCAGUCAUGUGUUUGACAGUCAUUUUGUUUAG